AUGGUUGGACGACAUAACAGAUCCAAUAUUAUUACAAAUGAGUGUCUCAUUGCUGAAGAAGAAGUAAAUUCAAGCCGUCAUUCAUAUAGUGGCCAACAUUUCGGUGAAUUUGAUUGGACAGACACCCAACAAACAAUAAUAUUGACAGCCUUUUACUUUGGCUAUAUAUUAACUCAGAUACCGGCCGGCAUUCUGGUCGAUAGGACGGGUGCCAAAUGGAUACUCGGUCUAAGUCUGCUAAUAUCGGGUAUACUAUCCAUAAUAAUACCGAUUACCGUAACGACAAACAACAGUUCAAUAGUGCCGAUAGUAGUAUUACGUAUGGCACAGGGACUAGUACAGGGGUCUAUACUGCCCGCAUAUAAUGCAUUAAUAGCCAAAUGGAUGCCCAAAACUGAGAGAAGUCGUGCCGUUUCCCUAACAUUUGUUGGCUCAGCGUUGGGCGUAGUAACUACUCUACCAUUAACCGGUUAUCUUUGUAGUAGUAGUUUUAUGGGCGGUUGGCCCGCCAUUUACUAUAUGUUAGGUAUAUUUACUAGUAUUUGGUUUAUAUUUUGGUCGCUAUUUAUUUUUGAAUCGCCCGAUACUCAUCCGUAUAUAUCGCAAAAAGAGUACAACUAUAUUAAAACAGGACAGUCAUAUGAAACGAAAAAACAAAUUCCGUGGAAAUCAAUAUUGAAAUCAUAUCGUGUUUACGCUGUUAUGUUAACACAUUUUGGCUACAAUUGGGGUUAUUUUACUUUAUUAACACUAUUGCCCACAUAUUUUGCUAAUAUAUUACAUAUGAAUGUUAAAACUAAUGGAUUCAUAUCAAGCCUACCAUAUAUUACUAAUGUCAUAGUAUCCACACUGUGCUCAUAUAUAACAGACAAAUUAAGACAAAAAAAUGAUUGGGUCUAA